UUCUCCAGUAGUCCAGCGCAUGUGCUUCAGUUAUUUGUACACGAACUUUUUUGUUGGCUGUUGUACUCAUGCCAGUUGCAGAUUGACCAUGCAGAGUAGUGAAUAGCGAGGAUGGCUGAUACUAUAAUUUUCUCGCCAUUUGGCUGCUCAUAGGCUCUCAAUAAUCGAGGAUAUUUUUUCAGGCAUCAAAUCAUGUAUGUCCUAUGUAGGGAAAGAAGACUUGGGUAAUGCCUUGCUAUGCCCAUAUGACAUUACGAGCACACUAAAUUUAAGCUUUCUUCUAUCUUUGAUCAUGUUCUAACUACUAGCAUGGAGGAAGAAUAUGUACAAUUCAAGCAGCAUGGACUCCUGCCCAGUUCUACAGCAUGGACUCCUUCUAGACCGCCAACAACCCCGUCCGCACCCAGGCAUCAGCAAGACAACACAACAAUUGGAUGGAAUCUAUGCACUCUUUGCAGUAUUGAGGCUUGCUGUUGUUGAUACAAAAGCAGAUGGUGCCAUUCUGAAGGAGGAACUGUGGACAUUGAUUGCUCAAAAUGAACCCUCAUUAAUCUCUUUACAGUUGGUAAUUCUGUUGUUCUGAGUUUUCCACUAAGAAUACUUUAUUAUCCCA